CUGGUGCAUCUCCAUGUCGGUAAGCAGGGGCCUUUCACUUCCAGAAAUCGUCCCACUGAUAGCCUUGGGAAUAUUUAUCUGGACGUUGAUAGAAUACACUCUUCACCGGUUCCUUUUCCACAUAAAGACAAAGAGUUACUGGGGAAACACGGCACACUAUCUUAUUCACGGAUGCCAUCACAAGCACCCAAUGGACCAUCUUCGACUCGUCUUUCCUCCUGCUGCUACAGCAGUUUUAUGCUUUCCUUUCUGGAACCUUGUGAAGCUUUUCACAACUCCUUCAGUCACACCUGCACUGUUUGGAGGCGGCAUGCUUGGGUACGUGAUGUACGAUGUUACUCACUACUACCUUCACCAUGCACACCCAACUAGAGCAGUGACCAAAAAUCUCAAGAAAUACCAUUUGAGCCAUCACUUCAGGAUUCAUGACAAGGGAUUUGGUGUAACAUCGUCGCUAUGGGACAUAGUUUUUGGCACACUCACCAAAUCUCCCAAAAGAGAGCAAUAGAAAAGGAUAUUGGCAAUACAGUUAAAUAUUUAAUUAUGAAUCUUCCCUCAUGAGUUUUGAGAUGUU